AUGGACGCAGAAGACAACAAUGAAGGAAGUUGUCAUAAUUCUGAAGAUGAAAUUGAUGCGUCCCUACCGGCAACACCAGCAAGAAGAUUAAGUAAUUUAGAAUCGUUAGAAAAUGCUCUAAAUAAUCAAGGCAGUUUUGUAUGGAGCCAUUUCGAAAAAGAUGAAAAUUUUAAAUAUAAUAAAAGAGCUACCUGUACUUAUUGCAGCAAAACUUAUAUAUGUUCUGGGGGUAGUACUACGAAUAUAACAAAACAUUUAAAAAAUGUUCAUUCUAUACAGCAAGAAACUCAGUCAACUGGAGUAAAUGUUUUAGAAAUGUUAAAAGCACCAAAGUUUCUCUGUCCAGGAAUUCCAAGGCGUUAUGCUGCUAAUCAGCAGAAAAUUACCGGAAUUCCAAGGCGUUAUGCUGCUAAUCAGCAGAAAAUUACCGGAAUUCCAAGGCGUUAUGCUGCUAAUUAA